AUGGUGGACUUCCUUGCAGAAAACAACGCUUGUGGACAGACUGCUGUAAAACUUGUAAGYCGAGGCAAUGCAAUCAUUGCAGAAUUGCUUCGACUGUCCGAUUUCAUUCCACCAGUCUUCAAGCUUGAAACGAGAGAGGAGAAAGAAAAAUAUGGYGAAGUUUUGACUGAUUUCUCAUACUUCAAAGGGCCAGACUACUACGAAAACAAAAUCAAUACAAAACCUGAUCUACAAGAUCUUGAUGAAGAAUUACGGGAGAAUAAUAUUGAAAUCCUGACAAGGUUUUACAUGGCCUUUGAAAGUGUACACAAGUAUGUCUCAGAUUUGAACAGGUUUCUUGAAGACUUGGACGAGGGUGUUUUUAUACAACAAACAUUGGAAAGUGUGUUGUUGAAUGAAGAUGGCAAACAGAUUAUGUGUGAAAGUCUUUAUCUCUAUGGUGUGAUGUUAUUAGUGAUUGACAUGAAGUUUGAAGGUGAUGUUAGAGAAAGAAUGCUUGUCUCAUAUCAUAGAUAUUGUGCUGCUAGAGCUGAUGUUGACUCUAAUCUAGAUGAUGUCUGUAAAUUAUUACGAAGUACAGGUUUCUCAACAGCAGCCACAGCAAAAAGACCUGCAAAAUAUCCAGAAGACUACUUUAGUCGUGUACCAGUGUCUGAAACGUUUGUUGAUAUGUUGAUUGGACGUCUUCGAUCUGAUGAUAUAUAUAAUCAGAUCUCAGCAUAUCCUCUUCCUGAGCACAGAAGUACAGCUCUGGCUACCCAGGCAUCCAUGCUGUAUGUCAUCUUGUAUUUUGCACCUGAAAUACUUCAUAACCAACAAGCUAAAAUGAGAGAAAUUGUAGACAAACACUUUCCUGAUAAUUGGGUAAUAAGUACUUACAUGGGGAUUGUGGUCAAUCUUGUUGAAGCUUGGGAACCAUAUAAAGCAGCCAAAACAGCUCUCAAUAACACACUUGACAAUACAAACAUCAAAACACUGGCAACAAAACGGAAUGCAAAAGUUCAAGAACUUAAUUCUGAAGUAUUGAACUAUCUGCGAGAAGGUUUUCUUGUGGAAGAGUAUGUACUGGAUCAUAUUCCAAAACUAAUGAAUUGUCUGAGGGACUGCAAUGUAACACUUCGGUGGCUGAUCUUACAUACUUGUGAUGUGUUUGACAACAACAAAAGAUGCCGUUCUAUCAGAGACAUUGUUUUUGCCUCAGGGUACUCGCCGAGGGGAGUUUUUGAACUGCUAUUAAAUACCGCACAGUUUGAAUUGAAACUGAAGGAUAUGUUCAAAUUAAUGUUAUCACAGAAACAAGGAAAUUGGGAGAAAAAUAAAAAAGAGGGAAUUGAUAGRAUGGAUGAGCUUUCAGAGGUUUUCUCUGGAACAAAACCACUUACAAGAAUAGAGAAAAAUGAAAAUCUACAAGCAUGGUUCAAAGAGAUGUCAAACCAAAUCAGYUCAUUAGAUUAUGAUGAUUCAACGUCAGCUGGUAGAAAAAUGGUUCAACUUAUUCAAGCAUUGGAAGAGGUACAAGAGUUUCACCAACUGGAAAGUAAUUUGCAAGUACGACAGUUUCUUCUUGAGACCAGAACGUUUCUUCAUCAAAUGAUAAGGACAAUUAACAUCAAAGAAGAGGUUUUGAUAACAAUUCAGCUGGUUGCUGAUCUAUCAUAUGCUUGGAAUAUCAUUGACAGUUAUUCAGGUUUUAUGCAGCAGGGAAUCAAAGUCAACCCAACACUUGUACGAAAACUGAGAGCAACAUUUCUCAAGAUGGCGUCAGGUAUGGAUCUUCCAUUAGUGCGCAUCAGUCAGGCCAACAGUCCAGAUCUUGUGAGUGUGUCGCAGUACUACUCUGGUGAACUAGUAGCUUAUGUCCGCAAGGUUCUUCAAAUUAUUCCCGAGACAAUGUUCGGUUUGCUUGAUUCAAUCAUCCGCUUACAAACCCACAGCAUCAAAGAGGUUCCUACAAGGCUGGAGAAAGAUAAGCUUCGCGAGUAUGCCCAGUUUGAUGAGCGUUAUAAGAUUGCUAAACUGACACAUGGGAUCUCAGUCUUUACAGAAGGGAUUUUAAUGAUGAAGACGACACUUGUUGGCAUUAUCAAGGUGGAUCCCAAACAGCUUCUAGAGGACGGCAUCAGGAAGGAGUUGGUGAAGCAAGUUGCSAGUGCUUUACACAUUGGACUCAUCUUUAAUCCUAGAGCAAAAGUAAGCGAACUUCCCAUCAAGCUUCGCGAGCURGGAGGAAAGAUGGACGGUUUUCGACGAUCGUUUGAAUACAUACAAGACUACAUCAACAUUUAUGGCCUCAAGAUUUGGCAAGAAGAAAUAUCUAGGAUUAUCAACUACAAUGUAGAACAAGAAUGUAACAGCUUUCUCCGAGAAAAGGUCCUUGAUUGGCAGUCGAUCUACCAAUCAACGACUAUCCCCAUUCCCAAGUUUCCACGGGUUGAUGAGUCCGUAAAUUUCAUUGGAAGACUGGCGAGAGAAAUAUUGAGAAUUACMGACCCAAGGGUCACGUGUUAUAUCGAUCAGAUGGGAGCCUGGUACGAUACCAGGACUAAGCAGGAAGUGAUGAACCUGUUGGUAUUACGUCAGCUGCAACAGAGUGUUGGUACAUUUGGUCUGAUUGGACUCGAUAAGCUGUUGUCAUUUAUGAUCGUCAAAGAACUUCAGAAAUUCGUUAUCGUUCUUCAAAGUGCCUUAAAAGACAAAGUGAUCAUCGAUACUAUGACCAGUUUGUCAAAAAGCUUGACUCCUGUCAAGAGUCUAGUAGCUAGUCCAUACCGUAUAUUCCAGCAAGCUUCUCAAAAGACUGUCAGACUGUGGCCUCAGUACACGGAGAUUAUCAUGAAGGUUGGUCAGAUGCAGCUUAUACGACGACAAAUCGCUAAUGAGCUGAACUGUGCCGCUAAAUUCGACUCGAAAAUUCUAGAGAAUGCUCUUCAAUCGUUUAACAAAGCGACUUUGAGGGACAUCGAAGCUCAUUACCAGGAUCCAUCCCUCCCGUACCCUAAGGAAGACAACCCGUUAAUGUUUGAACUAACAUCAUAUCUUGAAUGGUCUGGUAUCCAUAAUCCAUUAACAAAGAUUUACGUGACAACCAAGAAAUACCCAUUCUUUGCCUUGAUCAACUUCCUGUGCGUCAUCUCCCAGAUUCCCAAGCUUGCUUACGUCAAAAAUAUGGGUGCGAUGGUACCCCGUAAGCCUACUGAUCAGAUCGAUUGUGCUCCUUUUGUUGUUGGUAUGAUCACAGUUUUAAAACAAUUCCAUUCUGAAUUCACGGAGCAGUUUUUUGCUUGUUGUGGUCAGUAUGUCCGCUCACUGGUUGAAGCUACAGCUAUCAACGCGAGAAACACUGACCUCCCCCCUGAGGUUGUUAAUAUGCUGAUCUUCCUGGAGGAUUACUUAUCUUACAGUCGAUUGGACAGAAAGGCGGUCGAGGCGCACAUUCCUACGUAUAUCUUUGACCAGUUCCGUCAAAAUGUCAGUUAGUAUUCUCCUCGAUGUUACGUAAACGCAACCAAACGUGCGUACUAAUUGCGUUUGAGAUUGUCUCGCUGUUGUCAGUGGAUCAACACUUGAUUUAAGGCGAAAACCUCUGUGGCACGAAUAACUCGAAAUCAUUAAUUUUAUAGAACCUGAAUACAAAAAGCACUAUCCAGUAAAUGAUAGUAAUGUAUUAACUUUGAUUUAUAUGAAUAUUUUAUGGUAUAAAGUUCACUUGAAUAAGUUGACGAUGGCACAACAACAUAAUUAGCCUUGCGCGAUUUCCCCAUGCAUCACCGCGGUCUCAGCUAUCAUCAUUUGCCCUUUUAACCAGUUUGUUGUAUUUAGUGGUGAAGUGUAUAGUUGUGAAGWUAUUUUUCCUCUUUGUAAAUUGUAACCAUUAGGUCAUUACAUGAAAAUGAUAAUUGAAUUAUAAAAAUAUCAGAAAUAUAGAAAGAUUGUUUAAAUAAAAUACAUAUUUUUAAUACGUU